GUUUAAAAAGCAGAGCAGUGUUCCUACUGGCAUCAGUACCUGUCCUGACUUCAGUAGUACAACAAGGUAUUAUCAUAAGUGCAAUCACCAUCUACAAAUAAAUCAAGAUGAUGCACAAAUUGGUCGCCCUAUGCUUUGUGUUCGGAGUAGUGUUUGCUGGACCUACCCCAAAACUUCCCACAAUUGACAAUGAUGAACUAGACUAUCCUCCCCACGACAAUACCAACAGUUCGAAUCAGCAGAUAUCUCGGACUCUCCCUGACGUGCCUGCCUUUUUGAUCCUAGACGUCAUCAACGCACUAGUCGGAAAUAAGUUUUCCACAGCUCUGAGCGUCGGCGUCUUCGUCAUCGAAUGGCUGGUCUCCAACGCCAUUAUCAUCGUAGUCGGUGCUGCCGCCGCGCUUGGUUUCUGCAAAAUCACUGGCAAAUGCAGCCUGAACUAUGAGGAGUACGUGCCAGUGUCCCAGCUGAGGAGCUUUGUGACUCCUGAAUAUUUGGAGACUGCUGAGAACUUCUUCGUCAGUGCGAUUGAGAAGUACGCCGAGAAGAAGGGGAAGGCGAUACGGAAUCGGUCGUCCGCGUACUAGUUUUAAGUUAGUUUAGCUGUACGAUUUAUUUAUUUAAUAAAUUAUUUAUUUAAAAUUA